UUCUGGUUUAACUAUCGUCACUGGCCUGUCGGAGAAAACCGAAUUCCCCAAAUCUAGAAGGCGGAAAAGCGCCACCGCAAUUCCUUCUGAACCAACGAAUUGACUUUCUCUUUAAAUCGAGAAGACCUCUUUCGAGUUCUCGAGUCCUCUUCUGCCAUGGCGAACGUCUCCGUCGCUGCGGAGUGGCAGCUUCUAAUCAACCGGUACUACCGCAAGCCGGAGAUUUACCAAAUGCGGUGGAAGCACAUCGACUUGUCUCGCAACAAGAUCGCCUGCGCUCCAUUCGGAGGCCCUAUCGCUGUAAUCCGAGACGAUUCCAAGAUCGUUCAGCUCUACUCCGAGUCCGCGCUCCGGAAGCUCCGCAUCUUCAACUCCGCCGGCGUCCUCCUCUCCGAGACGGUGUGGAAGCACCCCGGCGGCCGCCUGAUCGGCAUGUCGUGGACCGAAGACCAGACGCUGAUCUGUAUCGUCCAGGACGGCACGAUUUACAGGUACAACAUCCAUGGGGAGUGUCUCGAUCCCAAUUACUCGAUGGGGAAAGAGUGCUUUGAGCAGAACGUGAUCGAGUGCGUGUUCUGGGCCAACGGGGUUGUGUGUCUGACGGAGGCUGGGAAACUCUUCUGCGUGAUGGAUUUCAAGGAGAUCAAGUCGUUUAAGCUGGGCGAUGUUGGGAUUGAAGCGGAGGAAGAGUUGCCGCAUUGUAUGGCCGUCAUUGAUCCUCAGUACAUAGCUUCAGGAAACGUACGGGUGCUUCUGGGAAUUGGGGAGGGGAUUGUGAUCGUGGAUGAAGACGAGGUUACGCACAUUGAAGGUGAGAAAGUUCAGGGACCUGUGCAGAAAAUUUCAGUGACCAGGGAUGGUAAUUGGUUGGCAUGUUUUAUGCAUGACGGGAGGCUUGUGGUUAUGAAUAUGAACUUCGAGGCUCUAUUCCAGUACCAAUGCGAAUCAGCCCUUCCACCAGAGCAGAUGGUUUGGUGUGCAAUGGACAGUGUGCUUCUUUAUUGGGAUGAUAUGCUUUUGCUGGUGGGUCCAUCAUCUGAAGACUCUGUGCGUUAUAUCUAUGAUGAACCAGUUUUUCUUAUCGCCGAAUGUGAUGGAGUCAGGAUACUUUCUAACACCAGCAUGGAGUUCCUUCAAAUGGUACCUGAUUCCACUGUUUCCAUCUUCAAGAUAGGGAGCACCUCACCAGCAUCGCUGCUUUUUGAUGCCUUGGAUCAUUUUGACAGACGUAGUGCUAAGGCAGAUGAAAACUUGAGAUUGAUAAAAUCAGCCUUGCCUGAGGCUGUUGAGGCGUGUAUCGAUGCCGCAGGUCAUGAGUUUGAUGCUUCCCGUCAACAGACACUGCUUAGAGCUGCAAGCUAUGGCCAAGCUUUCUCCAGCAAUUUCGAACGAGAGCGAAUUCAGGAGAUGUCUAAAACUUUGAGGGUGUUAAAUGCUGUUCGCAACCCUGAGAUUGGCAUUCCUCUGAGUAUUCAGCAGUACAAGACACUAACAGCACCUGUGCUGAUUGCUCGUUUGAUUAAUGCGCACCAGCAUCUUCUUUCUCUGCGGAUUUCUGAGUAUCUUGGAAUGAAUCAGGAAGUAGUUAUAAUGCAUUGGGCUUGUGCAAAGAUAACAGCUUCUUCAGCAUUUCAGGAUGCAGCCCUUCUUGAAAUUUUACUUGACAAGCUGAGAUUGUGCAAGGGCAUAUCUUAUGCAGCUGUUGCGGCUCAUGCAGAUAAAAGCGGACGCCGUAAAUUGGCAGCUAUGCUUGUUGAACAUGAACCACGCUCCUCUAAACAGGUUCCUCUCUUGCUAAGUAUUGGAGAGGAAGAUACAGCUCUUAUGAAGGCAAUUGAAAGUGGUGACACUGAUCUGGUUUAUCUUGUUCUGUUCCAUAUCUGGCAGAAGAGACCAGCCUUGGAGUUUUUUGGGACAAUACAAGCCAGGCCACUAGCACGGGAUAUGUUUAUAACUUAUGCACGGUGUUACAAACAUGAAUUCUUGAAGGACUUUUUCCUAUCAACUGGGCAACUUCAGGAGGUAGCAUUUCUCUUAUGGAAGGAAUCAUGGGAGAGAGGGAGAAACCCGAUGGCAAGUAAAGGUUCGCCGCUUCACGGUCCACGCAUAAAGCUUAUUGAAAAAUCUCAUAAUCUUUUUGCCGAGACAAAGGAGAACACAUUUGAAUCAAAAGCUGCUGAAGAACAUGCAAAAUUAUUGAGAAUUCAACACGAACUAGAAGUGGCCACGAAACAAGCCAUUUUUGUAGAUUCAAGCAUCAGUGAUACAAUUCGAACAUGUAUCGUGCUGGGGAAUGACAAAUUUGCAAGUAAAGUGAAGACGGAGUUCAAGGUCUCUGAGAAGAGGUGGUACUGGCUCAAAGUAUUCGCUUUAGCAACCGUCAGAAACUGGGAUGCCCUGGAGAAAUUUUCAAGGGAAAAGAGACCGCCAGUUGGUUAUCGGCCUUUCGUGGAGGCAUGCAUCGAAGCUGACGAGAAAGGCGAAGCUCUCAAGUACAUACCGAAACUUGCAGACCCCGGAGAAAGAGCUGAGGCAUAUGCUCGGGUAGGAAUGGCCAAAGAAGCCGCCGAUGCUGCUUCUCAAGCAAAAGACGGGGAAUUGCUGGGUCGAUUACGAAUGAGCUUUGCACAAAACACAGCUGCCUCAUCUCUUUUCGAUACCCUUCGAGAUCGCUUGUCCUUCCAAGGCGUCCCGUAACUUCCAUUCAGAUCCGUUUUCACCUCUCCUUUUUUGUUCUUUUACCGUUUGUCAUUGCAAGUCUGUUGGGUUGUUUUUGGUGAAAGGCAGUGUGCAUAUUGUAUGUGAGUUCUAGUGUAAAUCAAUCUUAAAAAUCCAUAACAGAACUCCCCAGUUUUCCCCUCCAGAUUGGGGUCAUUUAUACGUAAACUGCUGCUACAAUCGUCUCGAUAACUCUAAAUUGUUCCUCGUUGCAACACCACAUGCGAAACUGAUCGAGCAG